AUGACAUUGGAUUACACAACUUCGUACAGGGCUUUACAAUAUGUCUUGGAAUAUGUGAGAGGAAACGCCGAAUCUGGAUAUGCAAAGUUGCCUUAUUGUCUUAGAAAAAUAGAGCAGUCAAACCCGGGAAGUGUCGUUGACCUUGUUGUUGAUGACGAGCAUAGAUUUAAGUACCUUUUCCUAUCUUUCGAUGCUUCAAUCCGUGGUUUCAAUUACGUGAGAUAUUUCCGUUGGCUUUUGGAAUUGUCGACUCGAAGUGUGAUGCUUCAUGGGAUUGGUUUUUCACCAAAUCCACUGGUAGUAGUUUCGGAUAGGUGCAGUUCAAUAGCUAAAGCAUGUCGCAAUGUUAUGCCAUGGGCAACAAGAGGGAUAUGUUACUACCAUCUCCAACAAAACAUAAUUUCUAAUUUCCGUGGGAAGCAACUGAUGUACUUGGUGAAAGGGGCAGCAUAUGCGCAUACGUAUGAUGAUUAUAACCGCUACAAGGCUUCCCUUACUAACGUAAAUCCGGCCCUUGCAGCGUACUUGAAUGAGGCAGAUCCAGCUUUAUGGUAUCGGGUUUACUGUCUAGGAGAUAGAUACAACAUCAAGACUAGCAACAUUGCGGAAUCUAUCAACUCCAUGCUAAAGAAAGCCAAAGGUUAUCCCAUCACAUAUCUCAUUGAGUUUAUUACGAAAAAGUUAGGUAGGUGGUAUUGGAAAAGACGAGAGGAUGCACUUAGUCUGACAACCACUUUUAGCCGGGGUGUUGAGUUCUUAUUGGCCGUAAGGGAGCAUUACGCAGAUAUGAUGACGGUAGAACGCAUUGAUGGCUGGCGUUUCUACGUUAGGGGUGGGCAACGUGACUGUUUGGUUGACUUGGAAGCAAAAUCUUGUUCAUGCGGGGUGUUUGAUGUUGAGAAAAUGCCAUGUUCACAUGCAAUUAAGGCUGUCAAGUCAAGCGGAUGGCAUAUGUCUAUCGUAGUCGAAGCUUACUAUAGAAAAGAUUAUGUCUAUGCGUCGUACGCGGCUACCAUCAUGCCCAAUGUCGAGCACGAUCCAAUUGGGCCAGAUAUCCGAUGUAUACCUCCCAUACCGAAGCGGAAGCCUGGAAGGCAAAAGAAGUCUCGUUGGCUAACAUGGCUAGAACUGUCACGUAAAAAUGGGAGCAAGCCGAGGAAGUCUCAUAAGCAAUAUGCUUGUUCAAAAUGCAGACAGCCUGGACAUACUCGACCUCAUUGUAUGCAAAUCCGGGAAGAAAUUUCUUCAGAUGCACUGUUCAUGGGUAUUCCCAUUGGUCAGACGCAGAACCAUCACGUGGUUGGCAAAUGCGGAGCUUAUUGGAUGCGAGGGAUGAGAUCCGUCGGCAUAGAGAAGAAAUCAAGGUACUUAAAGAAUCUGUAA